AUGUUCAAGCCUGUAUGCCAUGCCAAUUACUCGGCCAAUGCGAUGAGAAGCGUACGGUUCUUCGGUGUUAGUUGUCGGGUGCUCCAGGACUUCCCAACUUUCGACCAUUCGCUGCUGAACCCGUUGUCCAACAAGAGCUCUCAGAAGAGCAAUCAGCUGUCGCAGAGUUUGAAUCACGACUACGUACAAAAGACCAGGUCCAAUGGCCAAAAUAGUGCUCGCAAGUUUGCAGAGUUUGCUCACAAUCCCAGAGACGAUGCCCUAAGCUCCAGACUCACAGGCGUCGCUGCCGGCAGAACCGUUGACGUGUUCAAUAACGACACUGCCAGCGCGUUCAGACAGCUCAACUCGAUAAUGUUUGCUAAUAGAAUACCCCAGGACAGCAGGAACCAGCGGUUCUACAUGAAGCCCGGCAAGGUGGCCGAGCUCAAGAGAUCCCAGAAACACAGAAGAGACUUCAUGAAGGGCUUCAAACGGUUGAUCGAGAUUGUCAAGGACGCCAAGAGGAAGGGCUACUGA